UACAAACCUCCCAGAAGCCAUAAAUCUCUCUCUCUCUCUCUCUCUCUCUCUGAAGGUACUGUUUUGGUUUGAAAUUCCAUCACCAUGGCGACCAAGCUGAAAGGGUUCUAUAAAGGGUUCAAAUGCUUCUCGCAGUUCUUCGUUAUGAAGGAACGUGAGAUCGAGAUUGGGUACCCAACAGAUGUUAAGCAUGUAGCCCAUAUCGGAUGGGACAGCCAUUCUGCAAAUGCACCUGGUUGGAUGAACGAAUUUAAGACCUCUUCAGAUUUUUCUGCUAUGUCGCUUGGUAGCAUUGGAGGAGAAACAGAUCCCAGCUUCGUUCCUAUUUCCUCCUGGACUUCUCUAGAUUUUGAUCAAUCGAUGUUCAACGACGCAGCGCAGCCGAAAGACCUUCCGAAGGCACCAAAGAAACACAAAAGGAAGAAGACGAAGUCGACGAUGUCGUCUCCUAAUUCGGCUUCCUCGCCCUUAUCGAGUUCUUCUAAAGCACCGAAACCCAAGUCUUCCUUCGCUGCCACCGUCGCUGCUACGGUAGCUGAAAUGGAGACUACCCCCACUCAGCAAGGCUUAAUAUAAAAACAUCUAAUCUACUCCUCAAGAGUGUUUGUGAAGUAGAGCAGAAACGAGAGUUCUUCAAAUUUCCUUCUGUAAAUGAACAGAACUCUCUCUCUCUCUCCCUCUUCCUUCCUGUUUGUGUAUUUAGAGUUCGUAGAACUUAUCAGUUCUUUUAUUCUUUUUUACUUGAGAGGAAUGCUGUGUAUAUCUACCCCCCACCUCCCAAAAAAAAAAAAAAAAAAUGAAAGAAACACUAUUUAUUUCUA